CUCCUCCACCUCCACCUCCACCUCCACCUCCUCAGCCUCCAACGUCGAGCUUCCCUCCGCUGCCCCCGUCCCCCCCUGCCACCACGCCAGCAGGACCUUCACCGGCCUGAGGAUCUUCUGCAGGAGCCAGAGAGGAUUUCAGAAGUCUGCCCCCCCCUCCCUCCGUCCAACAUGGACACUUUUUUCCGCCGUCACUUUAAGAGGAAGGAAGCCGUUCUGCAGGUGGAGGAAUCCUGCCGCCAGCGGAGGCCCAGCGUGGCCGUCCCGACCAGCAAGGCGCGCCGGAGGUCCAGCGUUGGACUCCCUUCCUCCACCCUGACCCAGCGGCGGCGCUCCAGCGUGCAGCUCCCAGCAGGACUUCUGCCUUGUGCGGGAGGCGGCCGUUUGGCAAAGACACCCAGACGCAACAGGUGGAGGGGACACACUCGCAGACGCUCCAGCACCACCACCCCCAACGUCAACCCGAGGUUCGCCGUGUGCAGGAAGAAGGUGGGGAAGCUGCGGACAAUCGACACCCACCUGCUGGGGCCGUCCAUGCUGUUGGCCAGUCUGAUCCAGAUGGCCGAGGAGGACGAGGAGGACGGCAUGGGGGCGGGGCUACCGGCUGGAGAGCAGCAGGUGGAGAUGAGGGGAGGGGCCAACAACAGGAGGAUGUUCUCGCGCUCCAGCAGCCUCCCCUCAGACGGAGACGACGACGGCAGCGAUUACUCCACCGCUAACGACAGCCAAUCAGAGGACAGCCAGCUGUCUGAGGCGGAGGAGCUGGCGGAGGAGGAGGACGACACCUCCAUGUCUCCUGAUCAGCACUUCUCCCCCGCCUCCACUCCCUCCUCCUCCACCGCCCUGCAGGUAAUGAGGAAAACACCCCAGCCUCCGUCAACAUCGCGGCCCCUCAUCAGGGCCCCUCGCUGCCUCCGGAGGAACUCCUCUCAGGUGUUCACAGGAGACUCUGCUCCUUACAGCCGCUACCGCGCCUCCAGCCAGAGGAAGAGGAGAAGGAUCUCCACCAUCUCCAAGGUCGGGAGCCCCUGGCCAGGACGAGGGCCUCCACUGCCCAGUCGCAAGAGCUCAGUCUACUACCUCAACCACGCGGCCUUCUACAGGGGCCCAGGAGCCUUCAGCCCGCUGGGGCCCCACGCCUACGACUCCCAACUGGAGAGCUGGAGUGGCUUUCUGCUGAAAGCCAUCGCAAAGUCGGGAUUGCAGCACGCGGCGGCGCAGCCCAACGUCUCAACGUCUGGAUCGACUGACGCGCUGCAGGAACCCAACAGCACCGUGGACUGGAGCGACAACGCCCAGUUUGGAGACCACAUUUGGUUUGAGACCAGUGGGUCUGGAGACUUCUGUUAUGUUGGAGAGCAGUACUGCAUCGCCAAAUCACUGCAAAAGUCAGUGGCGAGGAAGAAAUGUGCUGGAUGUAAGAUAUCCGUCCACACCAUGUGCAUGGAGCAGCUAGAGAAGAUCAAUUUCAGGUGCAAGCCGUCGUUCAGGGAACCAGGAUCUCGAGCCGUCCGAGAGUCCAAUGUUGUGCGACACCACUGGGUCCACAGGAGACGUCAGACGGGGAAGUGUCGACAGUGUGGGAAGGGAUUUCAACAGAAGUUCUCAUUUCACAGUAAAGAGAUUGUUGCAAUCAGCUGCUCAUGGUGCAAACAGGCGUAUCACAACAAGGUGACGUGCUUCAUGCUGCAGCAGAUCGAGGAGUGCUGCUCUCUGGGAGCUCACGCUGCCGUCAUCAUCCCUCCUACCUGGAUCAUCAGGGUCCGCAGAACACAGACGUCUUUAAAGUCCAGUAAAAAGAAGAAAAGGACGUCGCUGAAAUGCAACAAGUCAAGCAAGAAGGGAGCUGAGCUCCAAGAUGGCCGCUGGAAGCCCUUCCUGGUGAAGCCUCUCCCCUCUCAGCUCAUGAAGCCUCUGCUGGUGUUUGUGAACCCAAAGAGUGGCGGAAACCAGGGAGCCAAGAUCAUCCAGUCUUUCAUGUGGUAUCUGAACCCUCGGCAGGUGUUUGACCUGACGAAGGGCGGACCCAAAGAGGGGUUGGAGCUGUAUGCCAAAGUGCCCAACCUGAGGAUCCUGGCCUGUGGGGGAGACGGGACAGUGGGCUGGAUCUUGUCAGUGUUGGACCAGCUGAAGCUCCGUCCUCAGCCCCCCGUGGCCAUCCUUCCUCUGGGGACGGGCAACGACCUGGCAAGGACUCUCAACUGGGGAGGGGGUUACACUGAUGAACCGAUAACAAAGAUCCUCUCGCACGUCGAGGAUGGAAACAUCGUCCAGCUGGAUCGGUGGAACUUGAACGUGGAGGCGAACCCUGAGGCCCGACCGGAGGACCAGGACGAACAUCAGACAGACAAGCUUCCUAUUGAUGUCUUCAACAACUACUUCAGUCUGGGCUUCGAUGCUCACGUCACGCUGGGCUUCCAUGAAUCCAGAGAGGCGAACCCGGAGAAGUUUAACAGCCGCUUCAGGAAUAAGAUGUUCUAUGCAGGGACAGCCUUCUCAGAUUUCCUGAGCGGGAGUUCAAAAGACCUCGCCAAGCACAUCAAAGUGGUGUGUGACGGUACAGACCUGACGGCCAAAGUCCAGGAGAUGAAGUUACAGUGUCUGCUCUUCCUCAACAUCCCCAGGUACUGUGCUGGCACCAUGCCCUGGGGGCAUCCCAGUGAACAUCAGGACUUUGAACCGCAGCGUCACGACGACGGCUGCAUCGAGGUCAUCGGCUUCACAAUGACGUCUCUGGCCACGCUGCAGGUGGGCGGUCACGGUGAGCGGCUCCAUCAGUGUAAAGAAGUGACGCUCACCACCUACAAGUCCAUCCCCAUGCAGGUUGACGGCGAGCCCUGCAAGCUGGCGCCGUCCGUCAUUCACAUCAACCUAAGAAACCAGGCCAACAUGGUGCAGAAGGCCAAGAGGAGGAUCUCCAUGCCCCAUCUCAACGAUCAGCAGCCCGUCCCCGAGAAGCUGCAGAUCACAGUGAACCGGAUUAGCAUGGCGUCGUACGAGGCUCUGCACUACGACAAGGACCAGCUGAAGGCGGCCUCGACACCGCUGGGAGUCAUCACCGUCCCCGGAGACAGCGACCUGGAGACCUGCCGCCUGCUCAUCGAGCGUCUGCACGACCACCUGGACCAGGUUAGUUUGAGUUCGCCAAGUCUUCAGAAUAUGUCCAUUGCUCUGGUUUCUGAUGCUGCCUGGUUCUCUGUGCCCGUCCAGGACUGUGAGGAGAUGAAGGGAGAGUGUCUGUAUUCUCAGAAGUUGUCCCUGAAGUGGUGUUUCCUCGACUGUACAACCGCAGACCGUUUCUACCGGAUCGACCGAGCUCAGGAGCACCUGAACUAUGUGACGGAGAUCUCUCAGGAGGAGCUGUACAUCCUGGACCCGGAGCUGGUCUCUAAGGAGACGGUGGGCACCUCCCCCGGUAUGCCUGACCUGGUGGACUCCGAGGAGCACCAGGACCAGCAGAGACAGUUCGCCUUCCCCUGCUCCGCGUCCUCCCCAACCUCCUCAACCACACCGAGGGUGAGAGACUUCCAGAGGAAGAGGAUUUCCAGCGACAGUUCGGUUGCUGAUGCUUUAUCCCAGAGUUCCUCUAAGUCUGCCCUCUGCAGGAGGGGGGCAAAGAUUCUCAAUGUCCAUCGCUCCAAUACGACGCUCCCUGAUUUCAGACCCAUCAUUAGUCCUUCCAGUGCUACCUCACACGACCCUGAAAAAGAUGCAGAGUUGAUCAACUGCAUUAAGACUGAAGACCUGAACAGGCUGACGGAGCUCCACCAGCAGGGGGCGGACCUCCUGCUGCAGGACGCAGCCGGCUGCACGCUGCUGCAUCACGCUGUGGAGGCCGGCAGUAAAGAGAUCCUCAAGUACCUCAUCGACAAUGUUCCCACACCUCACCUGGACAUCACAGAGAGAGAGACAGGCGAGACGGCGCUCCACAAAGCCGCCUCCUCCGGUCAGAGGAGUAUCUGUCGCUACCUGGUGGAGGCCGGGGCGUCGCUCAUGAAGACUGACCUGCAGGGUGAGACUCCCAAACAGCGCGCUGAGAAAGCCAAUGACCCCGAACUGGCAGAACAUCUGGACAACUGCCAACAUUACCAGAUGAUCCAGAGAGAGGACCAGGAGACGGCGGUCUGAAAUCCACCAUGUUUCAUUUAUUUACUCUCUCUUCCCCCGAUACACCGGGUGUAUACAGCAACAUAUCAGUUAGUGCUUCUUCUCUGCUGUAAGGGGGCAGGAGGUGGUAGGCACAUAAAAACGGAUUAUUAUCAAUGUGUUUUUCCCUUAAACUGUUUAAAUUGAGCAGAGAUGAUGUUUGUUCUGGAUAAAGUUGAUUUGUAGACGCCUAAAAACGCCUCUGUCCUCUGCUGGAGUCCAAACUAAAGAAGCUCUGGACACUAAAGUGAAUUCAAACUCUUCAGGCCACAAAGAUCUGCUGCGAACUGCAUGUUGAAUGUGUCUUUUACGGACUAUCAUUAGCGCUCUGACCUCUGUGUUAAAUGUACAGAAAGAGAAACAACAGCAGCUUUGACCCAACAGUGACCGUAUUCAUCCGCCUGCAGCUGAUGGAACUAGACGCUUUCGCCAUAUGAGAUAAAACGGCUGCUGUCUUCUCUCCAGCUUUAGUGACCUUCUGGAUGUAUUUGUUUACUCACAGAAAUAAGUGUUUGGAUAUUUAACGUAGAGGAAUUUAGCUAUUUAUGAUUUAUUUGUAGAGAUAAAACACAUGUUGCUCGCAAACUGACUGCUUUGGUCCGAAUUUUAAAUAGAAUUUUAGUCAACAUAUGAAAUUCUUUUUGUAAUUUUUUUUGUCUGUUACAAACUGUAAAGCAAAUGGCCGCCAGCAGGAAGCUUUCAUUGUGAUGUGUGUAAAUAGCUGAGAUAGUAGACUUGUUUUAAACGGCAACAGAAGCUGAAGCCAGAUUCUGCCAAAGCAGUGAAGUCUGUAUUAAUAAUAACAAUAAUAAGAGUCAGAAUGACAUUAUACUGUAUGAUAUUGUUUGGUUUUAUCAUUUCUGAGUGACCUGCAAUAAAGCAUGUCGGUUACA